AUGUCCAGAAACACCUUUGAAGACGUCAUGUGCUACACCCACUUCGCCAACAAUCAGAAACCAAAGGUGGAAGACUGCUUUUGGAAGGUGGGGCUGUUGUUCAAUCAUAUGAACAUGGCUGCAGAGAAAUGCGUUGAGAAGUCCGAGUAUGUCUCUGUAGAUGAGUCAAUGGUCAAAGGAAAGCCAACUCGCUUUGGCUUCAAUGUGUGGGUGUUAGCCACCUCUAAUGGGGAGACGAUCCGUUGUGACCCAUAUGGUGGUGCAAAGACAAAGUUGUUCACUUACGGCCUCAGUCAAGGACCCGACGUUGUCUACGGCCUGGUGGAGGAUGCCAAGUUAGUGCCUGGUACCAAGGUAGCUUGUGAUAACCUCUUCACCAGCUUGGACCUUCUGGAUAACAUGUCGAAGAAGGGGAUUGGUGUGGUUGGGACGAUGCGACAGAACAGGCUCUGCACACUGUUCAUCCCAUCCAUGCAGCAGGCCAAGAAGAUGAAAAGAGGCAAGAAGGAAGAGUUGUACGUGAGCGAGGAUCAGGUCGUGGUGAUGUGGAAGAACUCAGCGCCAGUGUACAUGGCCUCCAACUUUGCGGAUGUAUUCAUCAGCAUAGAAGAAAAAAUGGAAGUCGAUCAGCCAAACAUCAUCAAGGUCUACAACACUCACAUGGGCGGCGUAGACCUCCUGGAUAAUAUGGUGUCAUGCUACGCCAUCACAGCCCGCAAUCGGAAGUGGUACUGGGCACUGCACAAUUGGUUUCUGAACGUCUCUUUUGUCCCGGCCUGGCGACUGUAUCGUAAGGUGGGAAUGGUAAUGGGCAUCAAGGACAAUGAAAAGAUGCCUCUCUUGAGCUUCAUUCGAUCGUGUGUGGAAAUGACAAUAAUGCUCCAUGGCGAGAGCAACACCAGUCAUAUCCACACACUCCCAGCCCUCUCCCCCAGUACUCUGGCAGACUUCAGGAGGGACAGUGGAAACCACAUUGUGAUCAAGACUCCUGAAAGGAAAAACGUCUGCAAGCACUGUAAAAGCAGACCCUCUACAGGUGUUGCAGAUGCAAUAUGCCAGGAAACACCACGCACUCUAGAGGCGUGGAACUAG